GUUAAUAAAAAAUAAUUAUUCAUUCCGAAUAGCCAUUUGCUGGAGAACGUAAAUAAAAGACGCAGUCAUAUUUAUACAUUCUACUAUCACUAUCAGGAAGGGUUUAACAGCGAUUUUUCUGCCAUCUGCUCUGGAAUACAUACACCUACAGAGGCUGGAAAAAUAAGAAAGGAGCGCGGUUUGAUUGAUUGAGGCUUUGAAAACUGAAGUUCUAUAUGGAAAUGGCUUCGAGUGACGGGGCAUCAGUAGAACUGGUUAGUGGUGAUGUUCCUCCUAGAAGUGGCAGAAAAGGAAAGAGGCAUCUAGUAUGUGAUGCUGACGUGCAACCUACUCCAAAGAAAGUAUACAAUCUAAGGAACAGGAAAUCCAAGGUUUCUGAGGAAGAGGUUGCUACCAGUACUCCCAUCAGCAGCCAAAGAACAGGAAAGAGGUUAGCAGAGUCCGACUCUGGCUUUCAUGUUAGUUCAAAGAAGUCAUAUUAUUCAAGGAGGAAGACAUCUACCUUUUCUGACGAAGAGGUUUUAAAAGAUUCCCAAGAAGGAAAAGAAUUUGUGAAUGAAGAAAUUGAAGAUAUGAAAGAGAGUGUGGAAAUGGAUACAAAUGGCUUUGAAGAGUUCAUGGGAGAUAUGGGUUCUAAGAAAAGAAAAGAAAGUAUGAAGAAUGAUGUUGAAAAUGUGGAAGAUGCCUUGGCAAUGAGUACAAGGGUAUCUGAAGAAAAAGGUUCUAAGAAAAGAAAAGAAAGUAUGAAGAACGCUGUUAAAAAUGUGGAAAGUGCCUUGGCAAUGAGUACAAGGGUAUCUGAAGAAAAAGCUGAAGGAGAAGUGGGAAUUCAGAGAGGAACAGAAAAUAUUGAUGGAGAAUCACAAAAUGUGGAAGAGACUUUGGAAAUGAGUACAAAGGCAUCUGCUGUGAAUGAUGAGGGGCAGUUGGUUUCUGAAGAAGAGAAACAAAGCGUUGAUGAAGAAAUUGAAGAUAUUAAAGAAAAUUUAGAAGUCACUAUCACUGAUGAAGAAACCAAGGAAGGGUUGGUUUCCGAAGAAGAGAAACAAAGCGUUGUUGAAGAAAUUGAAGAUAUUAAAGAAAAUUUAGAAGUCACUAUCACUGAUGAAGAAACCAAGGAAGGGUUGGUUUCUGAAGAAGAGAAACAAAGCAUUGAUGAAGAAAUUGAAGAUAUUAAAGAAAAUUUAGAAGUCACUAUCACUGAUGAAGAAACCAAGGAAGGGUUGGUUUCUGAAGAAGAGAAACAAAGCGUUGAUGAAGAAAUUGUAGAUAUUAAAGAAAAUUUAGAAGUCACUAUCACUGAUGAAGAAACCAAGGAAGGGUUGGUUUCUGAAGAAGAGAAACAAAGCGUUGAUGAAGAAAUUGUAGAUAUUAAAGAAAAUUUAGAAGUCACUAUCACUGAUGAAGAAACCAAGGAAGGGUUGGUUUCUGAAGAAGAGAAACAAAGCGUUGAUGAAGAAAUUGAAGAUAUUAAAGAAAUUUUAGAAGUCACUAUCACUGAUGAAGAAACCAAGGAAGGGUUGGGAAUUCAAAAAGGAACAGAAAGUAUUGAUGGGAAAUUGCAAAACUUUGAAGAGACUUUGGAAAUGAGCGCAAAGGCAUGUGCUGUGAAUGAUGAGGGGCAGUUGUUGAAGGUUUCUGAAGAAGAGAAACACAGCGUUGAUGAAGAAAUUAAAGAUAUUAAAGAAAAUUUAAAAGUCACUAUCACUGUUGACGAAACCAAGGAAGAGUUGGUUUCUAAAGAAGAGAAGCAAAGUGUCCCUGAAGAAACUAAAGAUAUGAAAGAGAACUUAGAAGUCACUACAAAUAUCACUGUUGAAGAAACCAAGGAAGAGUUGGGUCCUCAAAUUGCAAAAGAGAGCAUGCAUGAGGAGAUUGAAGCAUUGAAAGAGACAUUGGAAAUGAGCACAAGGGAAUCUUUUAAAAAAAUUGAGGGGGAGAUGGGUAUACUAACAGAAAAAGAAUCACUGGAAGAGGAAGUUGAGGAUACAAAGGAGAUUUUCGAAAUGGGCUUAAGUGUAUCUAUUCAAAAUGUGGAGGGAGAGUCGAGUCCUCCAAAAGAGCAAGUGAACAUGGACGAGGAAGUUGAAACUUUGAAGGAGAAUCUGGAAAAGGGAACAAAAGUAUCUGUUGAAGAAGCUGAGGGAAUGUUGGCUUCUCAUGAAGGAGGAGGUACUGAUGAAGAAGUGAAAGAUGCAGUAGAGUCUUGGGAAGUGAGCAGAAGUGGGUGCACAACAGAUUCUCAAGAAAAGACAGAAGAUGAAGUCAUAUCUGCAAAAGAGACUCUAGAAGCAAGAAAAACGUUGUUUGAUGAAGCAGCUAAGGAAUAUCAGUUUUUUGCACCUGUUCCGAAGACACUAGUGGCUAUUCGAAGUAAGAUUCUGUUUAUGGGAAAUCUGCCUUACUCCAUCAACCAGCACAAUGUGUUGGAGUUUUUUGAAGAUGUUGGUCAUGUGAGUGAUAUUCGAAUGGCUAAGAAUGCUGAUGGUUCUAUGAAAGGCUUUUGUCAUGUUACAUUUGCAACAGAAGCAGCAGCUGUAAAGGCGUUGGAGAAAAAUGGUGAAAUGUUUUAUAAUCGGAAUGUUAAAUUGGAUUUAGCAGAAAAGCUUAGCAACAAGCAUGUGCUGGAUUCAACUGUUCUUGUUAGGGGAUUACAAAGGAGCCAACAGGAGGAGGAUAUUCGGAAAAGCUUGAUGAAGCAUUUUGAGGAUUGUGGAAACAUCAAAGAUAUCCGUGUUCCGAAUGACAUCCAAGCAGGAGACUCUAGGAGGGUUGCGUUUAUUAAAUUUGAAGACAGCGAAGCAGUUUCAAAGGCUGUAAAACUUUGUGGAUCAGAAUUGGGUGAUGCUAAACUGUUUGUUAAGGAAGUUGGUCGGAGUAGAUUUCGCAGAAAGUCUUCAAAUACUAAAAGAAGAAAUUCCAGAAGGCAAGUGACCAAGGAAAACGACCAGUGAAGGAGAUGAUGUUUGCAGCUGUUCAAUGCUCUUGCUGUAUAUGUAUUUUAUUUUUGGUGGUGCACAUCUGAGAUUUUUAUUUAGCAGUCGUCUUAGAGAAUUUUUUGGUCUCUUUUCUUGACAAUUGACCUAGUUUUUACAAUGUUUUAAAAUUUCGAUUUCUGAACGAGCAAAUUUUGUAGAAGAAUGCAGUCAAGGUUUUUUGUAUCACGGACAUAUAUUAUUAUAUUCACCAAUUUUGCAAGUAUUUUCAGUAAA